AACAUUUGGUAGCUUCAUUUCUUGUGGGUGUGAGCUGCGAACGGCAUCUGAAUUUUAACAAACAGGAACCGAAUUGUUUUCAAAUAGCUAGCUGUAUUUUCGACAUUGUUUGUUUGCUAAUAUCUGUUUCAUUUUGAUCAAAUUUGUCGUCCGUUAACACGUUAAUUAAAGACUCAAAACGAGAAUUGAUGGUUUUUGCUCUCCGUUCCUGCUGGAUUUGACCUGCUUAGCUACUGAAGUCCUGAUCAGGAUUCGCGGUCUGUCAAUGAGGAACUACAGGCUCAUCUUUUGCCAUAACCUGAAGCAGCCAUAGAUGACCAUUCGAUUCACUGCUAGUGAGUGGUGCUGAAGAUAAGGUGAACUACUGGGUGUUGUAAGUGCUGAACGACCUUCGGAAGCAGCUCGGCUGUGGAAGCGAUGAGGAAGAGCCUCUCUCCUUCCCCCAGCAACUCCCUGACACCAGCCAGGGUUUUUGGGGUUCCCCUAGAUGAGGUGCAGCAGAGCGGCCAGCCAGGCCAGGAGGUCCCCCUACUGGUCAAGCACAUCGUAGAGUACGUCGAAGAGCAUGGGCGUCUGGAUCUGGAGGGGCUGUUCCUGGUCAACGGUAAUGCGGAGCGGGUGGAGUGGCUACGGCAGCGCUAUGACUCUGGGGAGGAGGUGGACCUGGAGAAAGAGGCUGACCUGGCCUCGGCCGUCAGCCUGCUCCGUCUCUUCCUGCAGGAGCUCCCAGAACCCAUCAUCCCUGCAGGCAUGCAGGCCCACAUCCUGCAGCUCUACCAAGACUACAGCAGUGAGGAGGAGCUCGCCCGCAACAUGAAGUACUUCCUCCAGCAGCUGCCUCAGGUCAACUACAGCCUGCUGCGCUUCCUGUGCCGCUUCCUGUCCAGCGUGGCCUCGCUCCAGGAGGAGAGCUGGAGCGUUGGAGCCCUCGCCGCCGUCUUCGGACCCGACGUCUUCCAUUUAGACACAGAUGUAGAGGACCUGAAGGAGCAGGAGUCAGUGAGCCGCAUCCUGGCGGAGCUGCUGGAGAAUCAGGAGGAGUUCUUUGACUCAGAGGACGAUGACGUUUCUACCACCAACGACUACAGUUCCAUCAACGAACAGAUCACAGAACUCCUGGACGAUGACAAAUUAGAGGCGUUUGAGGAGCUGCCCCAAGAUGGCGAGGAUGGCCCCCCUUCCGCCUCUGAAUCCCCCCAACACAGUAACACCCAGGUCACCCCCUCUUCAAGGGCGGGCCCCAGUGAGAGGCCAGGGCCGGGGCCAUACGAGGGCCUGUGUGAGAGUGAAGAGGGCCCCACAAGCAGUCCCCUGUCAGCCCCAGAGACAGAGCGCAGCCCUGAGGCCCAACAGGAUUGUGACUCCCAUAACGGUGCCCUGGAGGAGAGUUCUGGAUUGAACCUGGACCACGCCGAGGCUCUCGUAGACACAGAGAACAAUAUCAACACGGCCAGGCAAGAAAACCAAGCCUGUGAGAAGAUGGACCAGGCUGAUCUCAUCGCCUGUGUCUCUGUGUGUGAGUGUGACCAGAAUGCCAACACAGACGCCAGCUGCCCCAGCGCCCAGCACCUCCACAGCCAGUGGGAAGCACCAUCCCCAAACCAUCUCCCCCUCAUAGACUUCACAUGUAUGCACCUGCAGGGGAGAGGUCAUGACCCCGUGCCAGCCUUCAAGUCAUGGCAGGAUGAGAGUGACUCUGGUGAGGCCCAGCUGUCCCCCCUGGCCGGGCGCAUGGUGCCCCUGCCCCACGAGGAGGACUCCCAUCCCCUCAUGGCCCGUCGCUUCCUGGACUUUGGCCACAGCCAACACUUCCUGCAGCACCCCGACGCAACCUCGCCUACUAAAGCCCACCAGGCCCUGGGGAGGCCUCACCGUGCCUCCUUCACUUCCAAAGAGAGUGCUGUGAGGAACGACUCAGUCCCCCACCAGCUCACCAAAAAGCUUCAGAACCUCAAGAAGAAGAUCAAACAAUUUGAGGAACAGUUUGAGAAAGAGAGGAACUACAAGCCGUCCCAUGGUGAUAGUGCAGCUAACCCAAAGGUCCUCAAGUGGAUGACCGACCUCACCAAAAUCCGCAAACAGUUAAAAGGAAGACAGCAUCUCUUUCUCAAAGGGUCCCUGAGGCACCAGGCGGUGCUUCAGUCAUACAGACGCCACCAAACCUCCUCCACCUCCGCCCCGAACACACCCCAUUUUACACUUGCACGUCCCCUCACUGCCUCUAAACAGACACCCUACCUAUAUGCCAAACACAAGGAGGCUGAGCUGACCCCUCAGACGCGGCCACGCAGCAACACCUUGCCCAAGAGCUUUGGUUCCACCCUGGACCAGGCAGGCCACGAUGUUGGUGGAGAGGCCAAGGGCCACCAACCCACCAGAGAGGAGACCCUGAACCUCAUCCAGAGCCGCGUCAAAGGCAAGAGAGAGGACGACGGCUGGCCAGAGGACACCAAGAAAAUGACCAAGGAGCAGCUGUCGUGUGAGAAGACGGUCCUACAGAAGAACCUCCUGCACUAUGAGGGACUCCAUGGUCGACCUGUGACCAGAGAGGAGAGGCUGGUGGUCAAACCGCUGUACGACCGCUACCGUCUGGUCAAGCAGAUGCUCACCCGCGCCAGCAUCACCCCCAUCAUCGCUUCCCCCUCCAGCAAGCGACGCAACCACACCCUGCAACCCAUCAUCGAGGGAGAGACUGCCCACUUCUGUGACGAGAUCAAAGAGGAGGAGGAGGGUGAAGUGGAGGAAGAGGAGGCCACAUCCAAGGAGGAGGAAGAGAGCAGUGUGGAGCUCCAGAGCUUGGGGUCAGAGGUGAUCAUGGCUCUAGACCCAGUGUUCCAGCCCCAGACCAGCUCCCAGAGACACAGAGACAGCCUGCUCAUGCCCAAGAUGGAGGAAACUUCCGGGAAACUGGCCCUGGACCUGCGCCUGUCCAGCGCCAAUGCCUCGUCAAUGCCUGAGCUCCUGGAGCAGCUGUGGAAGGCCCGGGCUGAAAAGAAGAAGCUAAGGAACACCAUCCGGCAGUUUGAGGAUGAGUUCUACCAGCAGAACGGCAGGAACGUCCAGAAGGAGGACAGGCUACCCAUGAUGGACGAGUACAAAGAGUAUAAACGGCUCAAAGCCAAACUGCGCCUGCUGGAGGUGCUCAUCAGCAAGCAGGAUUCCUCGAAGUCUAUCUAGAGCGAGAAGACGGAGGGAGGCCACCCUGCUUCCCUCCAUCCACCUGACUGAAGGUCCCCCAUCUCACCACGGACUGACAUGUCACCCCUCCAUUAUCAACCAUCCUCCUACCUGCACCCGAGAGACGGCACAGCAUCCACCGUAUCUCACUACUGUCUCCCCAAAACCACCCAUCAGAUUCUGCCAUCCCCAGCUAAUGUUCAGUGUAGGCUCCUUUCUAAGGACUCUGAUGAAGAGACCUCUUCAUCCCACCAGUCAAGACUCUACACACCCUUUUGAUUUCUUUCUACCUGUUUCAUUCAGAGGAAUUCCCUCUUCCUCUUUAGAGUUUAGUGUUUGUUUAAACUUAAGUUUUUUCAUUAACUUCAUGUAUGUUAGUUUCUCAUACUGAGAAAUCCUAUUUAACAGGAGCGUGUAGUGUGUUGUAGUCGCCUGGCCACAAAAUUAACUCUCCCUCCCCCAGAGCAAGGACACUGCUCAUUCUAUUUCCGAUAUUGAUUCAGUUAACCAACUCCACUGUCAUCAUUCAACACUAGGAUGUUUUUUGUGUCGUCUUGAGUGAGAUCUUUUUGGAAAAAGUAAUUAAUGUAUGUUUUCUUGUACAUAAAUAUUUACACGUG